AUUAAAAUAACCUGGUGAAAAAAUCUAGAAGCUCAUAGCUCAUGGUUCAGGAAACAUAACACGACAAAAUAUCAUCCCCUAUUGUUCAUUCAAAAUUCGAGUUAAGCUGCGAGUUUAGUUUCACUAAAAGCCGCGCUUUUCAAAAGGAUAGCAGUUGAGUUAAGUUCCAGUUUGCAUCGUUUGUUGCUCAUCAAGAUUAUUGUCAUUUAACUUGAAUUUACUUCAGUUUAAGUGAUGUCAUGGGUACUACUUUUCCUUAAACUGUUGGUCUCUUUACUUGUUGAAUACAAUACUUCUGUUUGCUUACUGCCUAGCUUUUUGUGUUUUUAGCCUUCCCAUCUGCAUGUCUUUUUCAAGUUACCUAAAGACCUAUGAGUGAUAAUCGCUCAGUGUUGAAAAGGUUGAUUGUUAACGCUUUGGUUGUCGAUAUCCGGUGGAUAGUGGGAAACACUAUGAUCCAUGGAAAUCAUGGUACCACGAAGUUUUAAGUAGUAUGACACACUAGUGUGGUUGAUAGGUCCUUUAACGUAGAUAUGUUGUUAGUUUCUGUCUGGGAAAAUAGUAUGUGAUACCCACGAGUGUUAUGCUUUUAGAUCUGUCACUGGAGAACUUGGCUAUUUCGUUUUUCAAGGCUAAAGGUGAUUCUGACAUUAAUCUCAACGCACUUCAAUAAAUUAAACGAAAUAGUGUCAAUAUUUUAUGAGGCGCUUCACACAGACUAAAUUAAAACCAAGUACUGCAUUAUGAUAAGACAAAAUGACCUCAAGACACUAGUUAUACUGAGAUCAGGGCAUGAAGCGCAUUAUGAUAAGAUUCAUUUGACCAAUUCUUCUCGGUUCGGUUUUCAAGUACAGCGGCUUUUUAUAGGUUUCCAAGUGCAAUUAAUUUCUGUUCUCCAUUUAGACGAUGUCGAACAAGUUGUUUUUUGGUAAAGCUCUUACCUCGUACGACGAUGAGGAUAUUGAUGAAUUGUUGUCUAAGCUUACACCAGAGGAGCUGGAGCAGCUUAAUGAUGACUUUGAUCCGGAUAAUUCACUGCUUCCUCCUUCACAGAGAUGUCGUGACCAAACUACCAAAACCCCAACUGGACCAUUUGAUCGUGAAAAGUUACUGAGAUAUCUCAUUGAAAAAGCCAAAGCUGAAAAGGAUUGGGAAGAAGCUGUACCUUAUGAAAAAAAGAAAAGGGGAAAAGUCUAUACUCCAAAACAAAUCAUGUCACCGAGUACGCAAAGCGAAUUGGUUGAAAUGGGUUUCGAUGUAGAGUUUGAUGAUGAUGUAAAUAAGGCUCUUGAAAAUGCUACUGAAGAUGAACUUGUCGAUUUGGCUGCUGUUCUGGGUUUUACUGGGAUGUUGAAUCAAGUACAGUUCCACGCUAGUUUAGAAGGACGUAAAUUGGAAAUGGGUGGAUUUUCUGGUGUGGCUAAAGCUGAACGUCUUAAAGUCAUGCCAGAUGAACCACUAAAUAUGACAGAUGUUGAGGGUAGUAUAAAAAAAUUGGAAAGUAACAGCGAAGAAUUAACUAGAUUAAAUUUAAAUAAUAUCAAAACAAUAAGUGCUGAAGUGGUACAACGCUUAUGUGCCGCUCUUACAAAGAAUACCCAGUUAACUGAACUGCAUAUGGCAGCAACACGUUUAACAAACGCAAUGGUUGAACCGUUCUUUGAUAUGUUGCAAAAAAAUACUAUAUUAAAAGUAUUAAAUUUGGAGUCGAACUUUUUGACUGGUGUUAUCCUCGUUCGUUUAUUAGAGUCAAUAAGUCAUGAAAAAAGUGGAAUAACCGACUUACAUUUGGCCAAUCAACGUCAAUCUGUACUCGGUGUAAAAAUCGAACAGAAUUUGACCGAAUUAAUACUAGCUAAUCCACGUUUAGUUCGUUUGGGCUUAGAUUUAGAAACUAGCGAUGCACGUGUACGGACCAGGGAACAUGUCAAAUCUAAUUUGGAUCGUGUUUCUCGGCAACUACGGCGUAAUAAAAAUUAAGUUUUUAUGUGAAUAUAUAAGUAUAUCUGGACAUUAUACUAAUUUCUACUUUAAUUUCAUAACAUUUACUUAUUUUCCCCGUGUGUUUUGCUUAUGUAAGCUGCGGAAUUAGACUAGUAUUACUGAGAUGGUUUAAAUGUGCACAUUUAUUUAUGUCUAUCCUGUGAUUAUUUUCCUUCUGGUCUAUUUGUGUUAGUUGGUUUCAUUGUUGUAAUGUAUCUUUUAGCAUAAUCCCAACAUGUAUAUCUGCCUUCGUUCGGUCAUCGUUACUAAUAUAUACUUAUGAUGAACACAUUAUCAUAUUGUGAGUCCAAGAUAAUAAAAACACCUCAAUUCUUAUACUUGUUGCUUCCUUUAUGCUCUUCAUUAAAAAACUAGCCAUUUCAAGGUAGUCAAGAGUUGCACUUUCAUUUGAUUUUGUUCCUAAUGUGCUUGUAUCGUGAGUUUAAAGGAUACGAUUGUCAUUACCUAACAUCUUCCUAUAUUUUAUUUACUGUCUUCCAUUUAGUAACAUGCAUUUUUUAAAAAUACAAGUAAAUUAGUCUUCUUAGUCACAAAUCCAUCACGUAAUUAACCAA